UUGGUUCAGCAGCACCAUGAGCGGCAACAAGCAGGACCUGCUGCUGUUCUUCGACCGGCCCACGGAGCCCUGCUUCAUGCAGAAGGGCGACGACAAUUCUGUCUUCCAACUACCUGACCACUACUACCCGGACAAAUACAAGAGCGCAUCAACUCAGCUAGAGAGCAAGUUCGGCUCGGGCUCCGGGCGCUCCAUCCCCGUCCGCAACAUCGCCCUCCCGGACCUGACGAUGCCCAUGCAGCUGCCUUACAAUGAACAGUUCUCGUUGUUCGUGCCCGCGCACCGCCAGUUCGCGGGGAAACUCAUCGACGUCUUCAUGAAUAUGCGUGAUGUCUCCGACUUGCAGUCGGUGUGCUCGUAUUGCCAGCUGCGCAUCAACCCAUACAUGUUCAACUACUGCCUCUCUGUCGCCAUGCUGCACAGGCCAGACACUAAGGGGCUGAACAUCCCCACGUUCGCGGAGACGUUCCCCGACAAGUUCGUGGACCCCAAGGUGUUCCGGAAGGCGCGGGAGACUACCACCGUCGUGCCUGAUGGCUCCAGGAUGCCAGUACUUAUCCCACAAAACUACACAGCUGCUGAUGCUGAACCGGAGCAGCGCGUGGCGUACUUCCGCGAGGACAUCGGCAUCAACCUUCACCACUGGCACUGGCAUCUCGUCUACCCCUUCGAGGCUGCCGACAGAAACAUUGUCAAUAAGGACAGACGAGGAGAGUUGUUCUAUUACAUGCAUCAGCAGAUCAUCGCUAGAUACAACUUUGAGCGUCUCUGCAAUAACUUGCAAAGAGUGCAGCGCUACAAGGAUUUCCGGGUUCCCAUCGAAGAAGGAUACUUCCCUAAACUAGACUCGCAGGUCGCCUCCCGCGCCUGGCCUCCCAGGUUUUCUGGCAGCACCAUCAGAGACCUGGACCGGCCGGUGGACCAGAUCCGCGCAGACGUGUCCCAGUUGGAAACCUGGCGCGACCGCUUCAUCCAGGCGAUCGAGGAGGGCGCUAUUGAUCUGCCAAGCGGCCGCAAGCUCCCCUUAGACGAACAGACCGGUAUAGACAUCCUAGGAAACCUGAUGGAAGCAUCAUCUUUGAGCCGCAACGCCGCCAAGUACGGCGACAUGCAUAACAUGGGACACGUGUUUAUAUCUUAUGCCCACGACCCUGAUCACAGACAUCUUGAACAAUUCGGCGUGAUGGGAGACUCAGCGACAGCCAUGCGUGACCCGAUCUUCUACCGCUGGCAUUCUUACAUCGAUGACAUCUUUAACUUGCACAAGGCCAAGCUCACGCCCUACAGCAAGCAGCAGCUGGACUUCCCCUCUGUCCGCGUUUCCUCCAUCAGCGUCCAAGGCCGCGCCGGAGCCAACACCUUCGCCACCCAGUGGGAGCAGAGCAUCGUGGAACUGUCCCGAGGACUGGACUUCCAGCCAAGAGGCAGCAUGCCAGCUCGCUUCACCCAUCUGCAGCAUGAGGACUUUGUCUACAAUAUCGAAGUUAACAACACCAGCGGCCAGUCACUGAUGGGCACCGUCCGCAUCUUCCUCGCCCCCGUACAGGACGAGAGCGGACAACCGCUUCCCUUCGAGGACCAGAGGCGCGGAAUGGUGGAACUUGACAAAUUCUCCGUCGGCUUGCGCCCCGGCAACAACACCAUCAAACACAACAGCAAAGACUCCUCGGUCACCAUCCCCUACGAGCGCACCUUCCGUAGCCAGGACGCGCGCCCCGGCCAGCCGGGCUCCGACGAAGCGGCCGAGUUCGACUUCUGCGGCUGCGGCUGGCCGCACCACAUGCUACUGGCCAAGGGCACCACCCAGGGGUACCCCUGCGUGCUGUUUGUCACAGUCACGAACUGGAAUGAGGAUCGGGUGGAACAAGACCUAGUAGGAUCCUGCAACGAUGCAGCAUCGUACUGCGGCAUCCGCGACCGCAAGUACCCGGACAAGCGCGCCAUGGGCUUCCCCUUCGACCGCCCCAACCCCGCGAGCUCACUCUCCGACUUCCUGCAGCCCAACAUGGCCGUGCAGCAGUGCAAGAUCAAGUUUACUGAUGCUACUAGAGUUAGAGGGAAGCGGUAGAUCUUAGUUUACAACAAUUGCCCUAACACUACCAGCAUUAUUUAAUAGAACAUCGUCAUCAUCAACGGGCAACAAAUGACUUUUAAAACAUUUUAUAAAAAAUAGAAAAUAAUAUAACUAGGCUCAGAGCGGUUUUAGUUUCCAUAAAGACUUUCUUUAGCUCAAUAAUAUACCUCUUAGGUAGGUAUUUUAUCUAUCUAUCUAUAUAUAUAAAAAUCAAUCCCGAUUUCACUUGGUCACGACAUCAUGCGUGAACGGGUGGACCACUUUCGCUAAUUCUUUUUUGUGUUGUUUGUUGUCUUUGUUAUUGUCAGGAGAGUCCUUAUGAAAGAAAAAAUUAAGACUGCAAAAAAAAAAACUAGAUAUAGGUGAAACGAAGUUCGCCGAGUCAUCUAGUUUCAGAAUAAUAAUAUAUGUUAUUGUAGAUAGUAUAGAAUAACAUUACGUACAGUAACACUUGCGACACCGAAUUGCUUUUCACUGAAUAUGGUCGCCAAAAGUACAUAACUUAGGGUUAGGGCAUAGAAUUAAAGAAAUCACCUUGGUUUUUCGCAAUCGACUUUGUUUUAUGAAUGUUGGACAACGGUAUAGAAUAAAUUUUAGUUACGUUACUGGUAACAUUAUCUUCGAUUUCGUUGCUUAAUAGUAUCAAACAUGCUUUUAUUAGUUGUAAGUUUUUGUUAUUCUUUAUAUCUUAUUUUAUCAAGUUAUAUUUAAUUUUUGAUACCUCAUUAUUAUUGAUAACUUGUUUACAUAGCACAUUAAUUGUUUGCACUUAUAAAGUACAAAUACUAUUUGCUGUGAUUAGAUCAUUCCUUACUGUAAGGUUUAGCUGGUCUCUACAACUCUAAAACUUCUUUUUAUUUCUAUAAGUUUAUUAAUGAACUUGGGUAGCUUUUAUUAUUUGCAUGUUAGUUGAGUUAGUUUUAACAAACGGGUUUAAUUUAGACUAUUGCAUAGUAAAUUACUGUAUAUAGUUACAAAGACAAGACUGAGUAAAUCUGGCCUCUUA